AUGACUACAACUUAUAUAUGUCAACAUUGUUCGCAAUUGCCUCCACCUCCACCAAUAUUUUCGAUGGGCCCACCACCAAAUAUUUUAUCUAUUGAUAUUCGUUGUUCUUCUCGUUUGUUAUCAUCAUCAUCGAUACAACAUAAAAAAGUCAUUUCAUCAUCGUCAUCAUCGUCUGUAUCUGUCGCUUUGGGAAUCAUGAUCGCUUUACUUAUCUCAACUGGUAUCAUUCUUUUAAUCAAACAUCUGAUGGUCAAACGACGGCAACCUCGUCAAAGAAAAUAUGAUGAUAGUUCUUUAUCGGUCAAAUUCAAUGGACAUAAUCAUGAUCAAAAUUGGACAAAAUUUCUUCCAUUAUUAAGUGAUAGUUGUAGUAGUGAUCAAACGUUCAGUACACCUCCAAGUGAAUAUCCUUGUGGUUUUAUUGAACCACUUUUAACAAAUGAUAUUCAUCAUGAAUAUGAACAAAUUCAACAUGAAAAUUCAUCACAUUAUUAUUGUCUUAUUUAUUGUCGUCAAUGUGCUAGUUAUCAUCAGACAUCAUCAUCAUCAUCUUUAUGUCGUCAAACAAAUCUUAUGCAAUCAUAUUAUCAAUAUCAAUGUACAUGUCAUCCUCAAAAUAAUAAUCAUUUAUUUGAACUUCAACCAAUGUUAAGAAUAAAUAAAGAUGAUUUAAAUCAUCCACUAUCAAUUUAA